AUGGCGGAGAAAGAGAAAUCCCCGGACGGUCUGGAGCUCAGCAAGGAAUGGCAGGAGGCCGCAGACAGCCGGGCGGAGAUCCUCCGCUACCUGAAGGAGCAGGUCCCGCAGAUCUUCUGUCAGAAGAAGGAGCUCAGCCCUCAGGAGGAAGAGGAGCUCCUCCAGAGCCGCCUGCUCCACCCUCUGGAGUGCUUCCUGUUCGCUGAGGAGCCUCAGGAGGGGCUGGAGAAGCUCCAGCAGGGCAGCAGCUCCUCCCAGCUCUGCGGACGCGUCUUCAAAGCGGGCGAGACCGUCUACUCCUGCAGGGAUUGUGCAAUAGACCCCACGUGUGUUCUGUGCAUGGACUGCUUCCAGGAGAGUGUGCACAAAGGUCAUCGAUACAAGAUGCAUGCGUCAUCGGGCGGCGGCUUCUGCGACUGUGGAGAUGUGGAAGCCUGGAAGAUCGGCCCUUAUUGCUCCAAACACGACCCGGGGGCAGCCACCGCCAUGGUAACGGACGAGAGCGUCCUGGAGCCGCAGCUCUACGACCGCGCCGAGAAGCUCUUCCGGAUCCUGCUGCGCUACGUCACGGACUUCUUGGUGUGGGAGGAGACCUUCGAGCUGUCGGCCGAGCUGCAGCCUCGGACCAAAGACAACGCGUACUACUGCGUGCUGUACAACGACGAGCACCACUCCUACGACCACGUCAUCUACACCCUGCAGAGAUCGGUCUACUGCGACCAGGUCGAGGCGCAGACACACACCGCUCUGAUCGACAAGGAGGGUCGGAGGGCGGUGAAGAGAGGAACCCUUCGCUCCUGCCAGCAGGCUAAAGACCUCAUCAGGUCCAACUCGGAGCACAUUUCGCUGCAGCCGCUGCGUGUGGAAAUCCUCCAUUCUGCCGUGAUGGCUCAUCAGACCUUCGCGCUGCGCCUCGGAUCCUGGUUCCAGAAGAUCAUCGGCUACUCAGUGGGCUUCAGGCAGGCCUUCUGCCAGGUGGCGCUGGAGCCCAACCCGGACAGAGACCGGCCGUGUCUCAUCAGCAGACUCAUGCUGCACGAUGCCAGGAUGUACAAAGGAGCCCGUAAGAUCGUGCACGAGCUGAUUUUCUGCAGCAUGCUGAUGGAGACGGAAUUCAAGAGGCUUUUUGCGAUCGAGUUCACGAAGCACUACAAGCAGCUGCAGAAGGACUUCAUCAGCGACGACCACGAGAGGAGCAUCUCCAUCACGGCUCUGUCGGUCCAGAUCUUCACCGUCCCCACACUGGCCCGGCAGCUGAUCGAAGAGGGCAACGUGAUCAAGGUCAUCGUGGGAACCGUCAUGGAGCUGCUGUCUGAACACCUGGAUGACAACAACCGCUUCUUCUUCCUGGGCUACAACUCGGACGAGUUCUCGCGCAUCCAGGUCAUCUUCCACGACCUCAGGUACAUUCUGAUCAGUAAGCCCUCGGUGUGGACCCAAGAGCUGCGGGAACAGUUCCUAGAGGGGUUCAGGGUCUUUCUGGGACUCCUCAAAUGCAUGCAGGGCAUGGAGGAGGUGAAGCGGCAGCUCGGCCAGCACAUCGCCGUGGAGCCAGAAUGGGAAGCCGGCUUCACCCUGCAGAUCCAGCUGCGCCACAUCCUGGCCAUGUUUCAGGACUGGUGCUCGUCUGAUGAGGAGAUCCUGCUGCUGGCGUUUAAAGAGUGCCACACGGCCCUGCUGCAGUGCAACAACCAGCCCUUCCACAGGGACGCCACCGACUUCUACAUGUGCAAGCACAUCCUCUACGUCCGUCCGUACAAAGUCUCUCAGGAGCCCGUCAGCAUUCACCUGCCCGUUUCCAGGAUGCUGGCUGGUCUUUAUGUCCUUCUGUGUGGGAAUGGGCUGCUCGAACGGCUUGAGAAUCCUGAGAGGUACGACAUGAUGCUGCUGGCCGAGCCUCCUCUGCGCUGUGUGGUCCUGGCUGCUCAGGUCUCUGCUGAGAUGUGGAGAAGAAACGGGCUUUCCAUGGUCAGCCAGGUGUAUUAUUACACGGAUGUGAAAUGCAGGGAGGAAAUGUACGAUAAGGACAUCCUCAUGCUUCAGAUCGCUGCUUCCAAAAUGGAGCCCAACCACUUCCUCAUGCUGGUUCUGUUGAGAUUCGAGCUCUUUGAUUAUUUUAAUGGGAGCUGUACGAGCAAAGACCAGGACGAGCUGGUUCAGUGGAACCGUUUGACUGAAGAGAUGCUUUACCUGCUGAUCGUCAUCGUCGGUGAGCGUUACGUCCCUGGAGUCAGCCGGGUGACCAAAGAGGACGUGACCAUGAGAGAGGUGAUCCACCUGCUGUGCAUUGAGCCCAUGGCUCACAGCAGCCUGGUCCGCGGCCUGCCGGAGAACGAAAGCCAUGAAACAGGCCUGGAGUCUGUCAUCGCCAAAGUUGCCACCUUCAAAAAACCCGGCGUGUCGGGACACGGGCUGUAUGAAGUGAAAAAGGAGCGACUGGAAGAAUUCAACCCCUUCUUCUACCAUUACUCCCGGUCCCAGCACAGCAAGGCGGAGGAGUCUCAGAAGAAGAGGAGAUCUCAGGAGGGAAACGAUAAAGCUCUGCGCCCGCCGCUGCCGCCGGCCUUCCGCCCGCCGUUCUCCAGCAUCGUGAACCUGCUGUGCUGCGACAUCCUCGUCCACGUGCUGAGACACGUCCUGCAGAGGGCGGCCGAGGACCGGCCCACCUGCUGGACGGAGGCCAUGAUCCAGAGGGCCUUACACCUGACGGGCCAAGCACUGCUGGAGGAGAAAGCCCAGCUGGAGGACAGCACCGUGGAGGAGGUCGGCUUCGAUUUCAGCCUGAAGGCGCGCACGACGGGUUCAGAACAAGGCAAGUCGCUGUUCCUCCUGCUGUCCAAGAUCAAGACCCUGCCUUCCCUUGAAGCUCAGAAAGACAUGAUUAAAUGGGUCCUGCAGAUGUUUGAGAUUGUCAAGUGCCUUAGAGAGAAAUCCACCCCAACAGCUUCAAUGAAUAUGGAAACCACGAAACCAGAAGAGAGCGCUCAGGACAAAGAGAAAGCUGAGCGGAAACGAAAAGCCGAAGCAGCCAAACUGCACCGGCAGAAGAUCAUGGCUCAGAUGUCGGCCAUGCAGAAGAACUUCAUCGAGUCCAACAAGAUGCUGUACGACAACAUGCCCGAGAGCGGGACGCAGGGGGAACCGGCGGCGCGCCCCGAGAGCAGUGCCAGUGAGCAGCGGGAGCGGCGCGUGGCGGUGGGCCCUCAGCGCGGCUCCACGCCGGCCGACAGGGAGGUGCUGACCUGCAUCCUGUGCCAGGAGGAGCAGGAGGUGGCGGCCCAGGCUCCCGCCAUGGUCCUGACGGCAUGCGUCCAGAGGUCCACGGUGCUGACGCAGUGCCGGGGCAAGAUGCCGGCCUGCAAAGCCGACGAGCCAGCAGAGCUGUAUCCUCUCUUCAUGCCUCCGGACUUGGCGGUGGGGACGCACACCGGCAGCUGUGGACACGUCAUGCACGCCACGUGCUGGCAGAAAUACUUCGAGGCCGUCCAGAAUACGACCAGGAACCGGCUCCACGCCGAGCUGAUCAUCGACCUGGAGAACGGAGAGUAUCUGUGUCCUCUGUGCAAGUCUCUGUGCAACACGGUGGUCCCGCUCAUCCCGCUGGAACCGCUGACCUUUAACUAUGAAAACGCAGAAAUCAUCGGGCAGCAUCUGACGCUGCCUCGCUGGAUCCAGAUCCUGUGUGCCAGGGUCAAAGGACUCAAGUCAGUCACUCAGGAUAACGAUUAUAACUCGGAGAGCAGUGGAGGUGACGGCCACACCGGGCUGUACGGAGAAGGCCAGCCAGACUUCAGGUCCAUUCUGAGCUACGGCGUCCAAGAACCGAGGAAGUUCUCGGACAGCAUCGCGGAGAUGCUGGUUGUGUGCGCGGUCACGGUCCACCGGGUGGGGCUGAAGACGGCGCCCAACGAGCUGUGUCCCCGCGUGCCCCUCAUGGCCUGGAACACCUGCGCCUUCACCAUCCAGGCCAUAGAAAACAUCCUGCAGGAGGAGGACAAGCCUCUGUUUGGGUCCCUGCAAAACAGACAGCUGGCAGGUCUGAAGGCCAUCGUUCAGUUUUCAGCCUCGCAGCGGCUGAAGAGCUCGCAGGCGGUCAUCCAGAGACACUUCGCCGACCUGCUGGGGGUGUUGCUGCCCGCCGUGAGCAGGAAGAACACGCCGUCCCUGCUGGAGGCGGACUGCUUCCAUCUUCUGGUGGGGCUGGUGCUGUCCAUCCCGUCGCUGUAUCAGGAGGAGGCCGUCGACCUGCAGCCGUCCGCUGUCAGCUCCGCCUACAACCACCUGAACAUUCUGCAGCUGGUCACCAUGGCUCACGUCCUGCAGGUGCUCCUGUCCUCCUCAGAUUUCCCAGCCGUGGCGGGCGGCGAGGAGACGGAGGAGGCGAGGGCGGCUGCAGAGCUGUACGCUACAGUGUCACAACACACUGGAAGGCUGAUCCCGGAGGUGUGCGGCAGCUCGGUGGCUGAAAGAGUGAGGACGGGAAUCGAACCGUUCCUGCGCUGCGCUGCUCUGUUUUUCAAUGGCCUUACUGGAGUGCAGCCUCCAGAGGAGCUGUUUGCUUCUGCUGUUACCUCUCGCGGCCAGACGGAGGCGCUGUGCAGCUAUCUGGCUCUCCCCUCCAACGUGUUCCAGCUGUUCCAGGAGCACAGAGACACCGUCGGUCCGCUGCUGCAGAGGUGGUGUUCGAGCCCCGCCGUCACCAGAGCCCUGAAGGGCAGAACGCCGGCGCUCAGGCUCCCCAGGAGACGGAACCGGCUGGUUGACCUUCCCGAGGACUACAGCGCGCUCCUCAAUCAGGCCAGCCACUUCCAGUGUCCGAAGUCGGCGGACGACGAGAGGAAGCAUCCGACGCUGUGCCUGAUCUGCGGCGCCAUGCUGUGCUCGCAGAGCUCCUGCUGCCUCAGCCAGCUGGACGGCGAGGACGUGGGAGCGUGCACGGCCCACGCCGCCGCCUGCGGCGCCGGAGUGGGCAUGUUCCUCCGGAUCAGAGAGUGUGAGAUCGUGCUGAUGGCCAGUAAGACUCGGGGAAGCACGUAUCCGUCUCCUUACCUGGACGACUACGGAGAGACGGAUCCUCACCUCGGACGGGGCAAUCCGCUGCACCUCUGCGCCGAGCGCUACAGGAAGCUGAACCAGCUGUGGCAGCAGCACUGCAUCCUGGAGGAGAUCGCCCGCAGCCUGGAGGUGGUCAACGUCAUGUUCGCCUUCGAGUGGCAGAUGUUGUGAUGGCCGCCGCGGCCGACUGACAGUUACAGAGCGCCGCCGCAUCCAGCGCUCCCCAGAACACACACACACAAAAACACACACACACACACACACACACACACACACACAAGCAAUCAAGCUCCCCUGCAAUCAGUGGCGCUCCACCCCCCCCUCCCCCCCCAGCUGGGACCGUCAUAGAUGGAAUAAAGAGGAAACCCAACGGAGGCUGAUGGAUGAUGAUUAAACCCGAGUCGCCUUGUUUCCAUUCGACUGUGCUGCGAGAGCGAGUUCCUCCUCACUGGAAUAAAGGCAAACACGGAAAACACACACACACCACGACGUUUCAGUUAUCGGCUCCAGAAGGGUCUUCUCAGCGAUGCUGUGAAUUUUCUGCGUUCUCUCUUCCUGCUAGAAAUCAGCAUUUCUUUUAAGUUAUAGUUUUUCUUUCCCGUGUUUUUUUUUUUUUUUUUUUUUUGGGGGGUGUCACAGAUUCUCACAUCUAUAUAUUUUUUUGUAUUGUUUUGCUCCAUAAUCAUGUAAAAGGUCCUGAUAAUUGACCCAUAACCUGCUGAGCCUUCACUCAUUUACAGACACUGAUGUAAACUAAAAGAAAGAAAAACACGUAUAGAGGAUCAAGAUUAUUUUUAAGAUUACUUUGACACGGCUCGAAGUCGUCGUAGGCCGUCAUUAAAGCACUUCACUGACCUGCAGAAUUAUCGAUUGUGUUCUAUAUAUCAGCAUUUCCAAUAAAGUAAACUAUACGAAGCCACUUUCUGAGAAGUAAUUUUGAGGCCAAAGUGUUUCUCGGAUUGACACUGUCUGCUCGUAGUGAUUAGAAACCUCAUGCAGGGAUCUCUGGGCUUCAUUCACUUUAACACACGGCAAGGAAAAUGCUGCAGUAUUCCUUUAAAUAAGUGUACAUCAAAGAAAAUGGCAUAUCUUUUUAGUUCAUUGUUUUCUAAGCUAUUUCAGGAAGCUGGCGUGUGAUUAUACACAUGCUUUUUGUUUUUUUUGUUGUGACUCUGCUGCAGAUUUUCAGACAUGGAAUAAAGACAAAAGCCAACAAAGCCACA